GAAGUUUCGCGAGAUCUCGUCCCGGGGAAGAGAGACGUUGCUAUCCGACAGCUUCUGUAAGAAAGCGGAAAUAAAUAUAGAAUUUUAGUAAAAAUUAAUAAUAUAUCAAAUACAUUUCUGUUUUUUCUUGGAGCGGUACAUACAUUUGACUACCCAUUGAGUUCUGUCGACUCAGAAAGGCCGAGGGGACGUCGCAGCGAUCUGUAUGUGAGAGAAGUAAACGUGGAGCAGCGGGUCUCAGCCGGGAGGAGAGACUCGGAGUGAUUCUAGUUUCCAGGAUAACACACAGACACAGACUGACUGCUUUUUAUUUCAAACGAUAAAGAGAACCUCGAUUUGAUACCACGCCGUCGACACACAGUAUCGGUCAGAUACUGGAAGGACAGCGAGUAUACAAUAUAACCAGCAUGGAAGCCGUUGCCAAAUACGAUUUUAAAGCCACUGCGGACGAUGAGCUGAGUUUUAAACGUGGGGACGUGCUGAAGGUUUUAAAUGAGGAGUGCGACCAGAACUGGUACAAGGCAGAACUCAACGGGAAAGACGGCUUCAUUCCUAAGAACUACAUCGAAAUGAAAGCUCACCCGUGGUUCUUUGGUAAAAUCCCCAGAGCGAGGGCAGAGGAGAUGUUGAACAAACAGAGGCACGACGGAGCAUUCCUAAUCCGAGAGAGCGAGAGUGCACCAGGGGACUUCUCCCUCUCAGUAAAGUUUGGGAAUGAUGUCCAGCACUUCAAAGUGCUGCGUGACGGGGCUGGAAAGUAUUUCCUGUGGGUGGUGAAGUUCAAUUCCCUCAACGAGCUGGUCGACUAUCACAGGUCCACCUCAGUGUCUCGAAACCAGCAGAUAUUCCUCCGUGACAUUGAACAGGUCCCCCAGGUAAGGGACACCUGCCCCAGCUCCCUUUCUGAAUGUGUACCACCGGCAGGCAACCAGCAUCCUACGUACGUGCAGGCACUGUUUGACUUUGACCCGCAGGAGGAUGGAGAGCUGGGCUUCCGUCGGGGGGAUUUCAUCCAGGUCCUGGAUAACUCGGACCCCAACUGGUGGAAAGGCGCAUGCCACAGCCAGACAGGAAUGUUCCCCCGCAACUACGUCACCCCAGUAAACCGGAACAUGUGAACGAAAGAAAAGGAACAGAACCCAGAUACCACUGUAGAGUGGCAGCGGAAAUUAACAUAUACUGAGAAAUGUUCUCCGGAACAGCGAUGAACACACUGCAGUCAGAAUGGAACUGUCAUUGAAAAGAAAAAAAAGAAAAUGUAGAGCACCAUUUAAAAUAAAAGCUGAAUAAUUUUAUCUCCUAGAUUCCCACAGCUGCUCCUGCCGCCAUCUGUCGUCCCUCCCCCUCCCCCCCCCCCCCCCCCACUCUCCUGUGAGUCCAAGCAUGUUUUAAACUCCUUUUUAAAUAGUUUCUGAUCCUAACACCGUUUAAAAAUCCGUGCUGUAGACUGCACCAAGUUUACAUGCCAGAGGAAAAAAAAGGCCUGUCAUUUGAGCUUUCCAUCUUGCUGCAGACUCUUAUAAAGUAUAAGUUUAAAAUUAACAAAUAUAUAUAUGUAUGUAUGUUUUUGUCUCUCUUGCCUUUCUCCACAAUUUGCGUGUGUAAACUAUGUUCAGCUUCUUUUGAAUGUCUUGUGGAAAGCUAGCUGCUCUGGAAUCAAUUAAAUCAUGAGAGUAAUUGUUUUGACUAUCUGACUGCUUUGGAAUGCAUGUUUUAAGGUAUAAAAAAAUCCUCUAUUAAACUGUUCCAUUAUAGGCUUGUAUUCUGUAAAGAAAUCGUGCCCAGUCUGCCUUGAUCUGAAAUUUUUUUUUUUUUUAAUGGGGGGGGGAGAGAAAAAAAAAAAGACAAGGGUGCUCUCACACAACAUUUGAAUUAUUUAUCCUGUUUUGUAAAGUUACGGUUUUGCCGUUGUGAUGCAGCAGGUGGCAUAGUUGUGUAUAUAUGUAAUGAAUGUGAAGAAAGCACCAACUUCUGGAAUGCGUCUUUAUUGCAGUCCUAAGUUAUUAUAGCCAUGCCCGCCAUCAGCAUUGCAGCUAGACUUCAGAAACGGCAGGAAGGUUAGGACGUAACCAGAAGCAGAAGGGGCACACAAACCAAAAGGAGAGAAGGAUUUCAUGAACCCAGGUCUCAACACAGAUACCUGGAACAGUUUAAAAGGAGAUCCUGUCCUUAUGUAUUUCAAGUUGGUCAGCUUUUAUUAAUUUCUGUAUGGUCUUAAAAGGUGUACGGUUGAGCACUUUUUUUCUGAUGUAUUUUUGUUUUCUUAAUAGUGCCUUUUUUCCCAUAUUUCAUUUUGUUUUCCAGGAAAAAAAAAAAAAAAAGAACUCCAGGCAACUGUGUGAAACGUGUACCAGGACAUAUUUUUGUCUUCAUUUUGGUUGUGUAGUGCGAAAAAAAAUAAUAAUAAUAAUAACCCUUGUAAAUAACCCUGCCUCCUGAUUUUUUUUUUUUUUUUUUGGUUUUUGUUUUUUGCAUUUUGUUGGAUUUUAUUACCAGGAAACAAUUUUCCAAAAAGUUUACCUUUUUAUUUAAAUGUUUGCUUUCUCAUACCUAAAACUCUUAAUAAAACAUCAAAUAAGAAAGCAAGCAAGGUUUUUUUAUUAUUAUUAUUAUUAUUAUUAUUAUUGUGUACAAGAAUACCCAAUAAUACUUUUGGGAACAUUUAUAAUGCAGUAUCCCUUGGAAGUACAGUCCUAUCCUUUUCAUUUUUUUAUGCAAUAAUUUGUAUAAAUGUUUAAUAAUAAUUGAAUUUACAAAGAGGGUUCAAGUAACUGUAACCUAGAUGAUGGAAUGGUGCUUUCUAAAUGUGAAUUAGUGCAGGCCAUCCUUUUAAUACUGUUUUGUACAUUGCUGCAGGGAGUGAGCUAUUUUUUUUUUUUUUUUUUUUUUUUU